AUGAAGCGGAAGCCGUCCUUGUUGCAGGACCCUGCACUAGCAGAACCUGUCCAGGCCGCGGCAGAGGCGGUCCCAGCGCCGGCGACGUGCUUCGAGAGGAGCGAUCCUCCUGUGUCCGUGGCCGCAGCAGCGCCCGCUGAGCCGGCGAAGCCGCCGAAGGAGAAGAAGAAAAAGAAGAAGGAGGCUGAGGCUGCGGCGAAGGCUGCGGCAGCUCCACCUACCGCGGCCAACGGUGCUGCGCCAGUGGAGCCCAAGCCUGUGAAGGAGAAGAAAGCAAAAAAGGACAAGAAAGAGAAGAAGCAGAAGAAGAACAAGGAGAAGACCAUCGUCCUGAAUGGGGACGCAGAGAUCUCCGGCAAGGAUGUCGUCGCUCCCGGUGAGGUUUCGCCUCCUUCCUCUGCAGGCGCCCCGGAGGCCGUGGUGGUUGCGGAGAUGCCGGAGCCGAUCCAGGCGAACGGCAAGGAGAUCAGCGCGGCGGUUGCUGCGGUUCCGCAGUCGAUGAACUCCAGCGUCGCUGCAGCCGCUCGGGAAUCCGCCUCCCCAAGUCCGAAGGGCAAGGACCAGGAUGUAGCUGCUGCUGCCCAGUCUCCUCCUAUGGCGACCUCUGGUGAUGCUACAGCUCCAGUGGCAGCGCCCAAGUCAAUUUUGCGGAAAAGCCAGGCUUCCAGCGCUCCCAGCGCCUCGGAGCCCCCAGCACCCACGGCUGUUGCUCCGGCGUCCGCAUCGACACCUCCGCAGCCGAAGUCCAUCCUACGGCGACCUCAAGCGACGGAGGUUGUGGCUGCCGUGCAGAAGCCCCAGGAGGCCGUCAGGCAGCCAGGGCUGGAUACGGAUCCGCGUCUCGUGGGUGCCGUGAAAGCGCCUGCAGCAGACAAGUCAAAGGAGAGAGAUGACGACGAUGAUUCCGAGUCGACAAUGUCUUUCGAGUCGGACAUCGAAAUUGAGUCCAACACUGGAGGGGAUGCCAUGCUCAUUGAUGACGGCUACGGCAGCGCGAGCGACUGA